AUGGCAUCCCACCUUCUUAGCCCCAACCCGCCCGAACGACAGGUUGGAUGUCUGUCGUUUUUCCGUCGCAAAUCCGUGGACUCGAGCUCGAGUCGCACUGAUCGAUUUUCGUGUUCUCUCCGACCCAAGGAUAAGCAGAAGACCAAGAGUACCUCGGGAACGACACAAUCAUCCGCCAGCGAAUAUGCAUUCGACACCACAAAACAGACGAUCGACAUCCUUCGACAAUUCUCUGAGCUAUUGCCCGUGCCUGGCGCCAAGCAAGUCCUAGAGAUUGGGCUUUUGCUUAUGACUACCUAUGAGGACGUUUCCGCUCUCGAUGAGCAAGUCAAAGGACUCAACAACCGCAUCGGUGAAUUGAUGUUGGUCAUGGUGUACGGACUUGCGGACAAGACUGUGCAUGAUAUCCCCGCGCAGCUUCUCCGGGACAUCGAGAAACUCGGAGUGGAUCUACAAGUUAUCCAGCAGGAGAUAGCCAAGAUCACCGCCCAGAACCGACUGUUGUUAGUCUUCUUCAAGGACGUCAAUAGGUCCAAGCUCGACUCUUGCAUCGAAAGACUCAAUGAUGCACUGCAGUCCUUCAAUAUGAGCAGGACACUGGAUGCGGCCCAUAUGCUUUCACAAAUUCAACGAAAGCUGGGAGGGAUCCAGAAGGGUGUUGGCAAUAUCGAGAAUAAGGUUGACGAAAUGCACGCUUGGAUGCUGAAAAGCAAGGACGCUCAUAAUGGGCAAUACGCUCUGUCGCUGGAGGAGAUGCCCAUUCUGCCUCGGUUAUUUGGGCGCCAGCGGGUCAUCGCCGAGGUAGUCGAACGUUUGAUGCAGCCGAAACCUCGAAUUGGAGUUGUGGGAGCCGGCGGGAUGGGGAAAACGUCCGUGGCUGUAGCGGCAAUGCUAGAUCCACGAAUCCAUGCCAUUUACAAAGAGUGCCAUCGGUUCUGGGUUCCAUGCAUCGGCGCCACGUCUCUUCUCACUUUCGUUCUAAUCCUCAAGAAGUCGCUUCGCAUUUCACUCGACACCAGUUCCCCGCUCAAGGAUAUCCUCGACGCUCUCAAGUCGACGCCAGAACCCCGCCUUGUUCUGCUGGACAAUCUGGAGACAGUUAUGCAGCUCCCUGAGAUUAUCUCGGAGGGUGGAAAGCUGUCCGGAGAGAUCGUUCUGAACCAGCUUGCAGCCAUCCCCCACAUCUCCCUAGUGGUCACCAUCCGAUCCAAUACCCUUCCCUCCGACGUUAUUUCAUGGGACCUCAUCCAUCUCGAGGGUGUCGCUCGCGAAGAUGCCAGAGCCAUUUUCACCAACAUUUGUCCGUCGGCGACUGCCAAACCGGGCCUGGACGAGUUAUUGGAGGCAUUGGGUUAUAUGCCCUACGCGGUGACCCUCCUGGCCAAACAGGCUGUAAAGUCUGUGAUGGACCCAGGAGACCUUCUUCAAGCGUGGAAACGAAGAGGUGCCAAAGCUUUGACGAAGGACUUGCGGGACAAGAUGAACCGUUCCCUCGAGUUCUCGAUAGAGUCUCCCGUUCUCAAGGACGACCCGGAUGCGCAAAGGUUGCUCUCAAUCCUUGGAAAACUCCCUUCUGGAACAACCCGGCGCCAUCUGGAACAAUGGUGGGGAAAGGACAUCGACAGCCUUUCCAGUGCAGUCGCGACGCUCAAUGACACGGCUCUGGUUACCAUACGACACCACGACGAUCAGUCACCGACCCUUUACGUCCUUCCUGUUGUCCAGUCCUACCUCCACGAACAUCCUCAGUACAAUACCGUUGAAGACCAAAGAUUCGUUCUGGAAGCGUGCUGUCGAUUCGUUUUGGACCAUGCUUCCUUCCCCGGAGACAGGCAUUUCAAGACCCACCUCGAAGAACUCGACAUUGAAAAGACCAACAUACUGGUGAUUUUUCUCGACGCGACGAUGGAGAAACUCCGUCGAUUGGAAAUGUGUGACGACGUCGAGCUUGUCUUGAAGGCGAUGGUAGCGUUUGGGUGGUAUCAACUACGGACCAAGACUAGCCUCGAAUUGCUAUCGCAUUUAUUCGAGAAGGUCAUCAACGAGGAGUGUGCUUCGGAAAUCCCGAUUCUUCGCCAAGUGGCUGAAGCGCGGUACUGCCUUGGACGAAUGAACUGGGCUAUCUCACGAUACCAAGAUGCCUGUGCGGACCUUGAGAAGGCUCGGGCGACCUUCCGAAAACUCGGCACCCCACAGGACCUCGUUCGCGCUGGAGACUCAACGCUUCUUCUGGCCGACGUCCAGAUGCGGCUGAAUCAACACCCCGACCUGGUUCGAACCUUGGUGCAUGAUGCCGAAGGGGAAGUAGGCGACGAUCUCAAAGGAAAAGCGAUGGUUCUUCAGCGUUUAGGUGACUACCACCUAUGGAUCGGUCAGCCGCUGGAAGGGCUGGAAUACGCGGCGAGGGCGAGGGCAUUGCUUGACCAACUCAAACCCGCGCCUGGAUUGGAGCUGUGUCACUGUGUGUUCAUCGUAACCAAGUGCCACGCCAGUCUCCACACAGACCGCUGGCUGGACGCAAGCAUCGAAUUCGUCGAGUUGGCGAAAUGGGCUGGUCUACCUGCGACGAUCGCAGCGGCCCUCCAGUGUUUGGCGGGUUGUCAUAUUUGGCUCGGAAACUAUGAAGACGCCGUACGUACCUUGAAGGAAGCAUCGGUGCUCUGUGAACAAGUGGGGUCUCCGCUGCGCUUGGCAAUUGUAUUGGCUUUGAGUGGGUACGCUUACGCAAAGAUGGGGGACAUUUUGGGUGCCAAGCUGGCGUACGAGGUCGCGACAAGGAAGUUCAGAGAACUGGAAAGGACCGAGGAAGGGGGACGCUGGCUAAAGCACUCGGAGUAUAGCUUGCAGGUACUGAGUGCGGAAGAAUACGACGAAAGUCUGCUGGAGAUGCCGCAGGUAGAGUAG